UCACAGAAAGCGCGACGCCGAAGCAACGACACAAAUGGCUCAGGCAGCGAUGGCGGCAGCAUCCAGCCACGACGAGGACUCCUCCGAAAGCCGAAUGGUUGUAACCUUCCUCAUGUCAGCCCUUGAGUCGAUGUGCAAGGAGCUUGCCAAGUCCAAGGCAGAAGUUGCCUGUAUUGCCGUGUAUGAAACAGAUGUGUUUGUGGUGGGAACUGAAAGAGGAAGAGCCUUUGUCAACACAAGGAAAGAUUUUCAGAAGGAUUUUGUGAAGUACUGUGUUAACGAAGAGGCAAAGGCUGCAGAACUGCAGAAACUAAAAUCGGCCUCACUUGACAACAGGAUGACGGUAGAUAUUGUGGAAAUGGAAGCCCUCAAGAAAUCUGUGGAGGACUACUUCUGCAUUUGUUAUGGUAAAGCUCUAGGAAAAUCAACAGUAGUUCCUGUGCCGUAUGAUAAGAUUCAACGGGACCCAUCCGCUGUCAUGAUGCAUGGCCUCCCAGAAGGACUUGCCUUUAAGCAUCCUGCCGGCUAUGACGCUGCAACGCUGAAAUGGAUUCUGGAAAAUAAAUCUGGGAUCUCAUUUGUCAUCAAAAGGCCUUUCCUUGAGCCAAAGAAACAUCUGGGACCUCGCAUGGGAGACGCCUCCCACACAAUAGUGUCGCCGAGUGGAAGUUGUCCUCCUAUCCAUGUGAAAACUGAACCCAGUGAAGAUUCUGGACUCGAAAUGGUAACAGUAAAGGAAGAAUCGGAAGAUCCAGACUAUUAUCAGUUUAACAUUCCAGCAGGUCCUUCAGAAACUUCGGCGAUUGAUGAGAAAAUCGCCAUGGCAAAGUCUUACACAGGGAGCAACCAGGGUUCCGAUUGCAGUGAAGGAACAGAUGUGGAAUUGCCAGUAGAAGAUUCUUCUCAACAUGCCACUUCUGAAACAAGUGAGGAUCCUGAAGUGGAAGUGACCAUUGAAGACGACGACGACUACUUGCCGCCCCAUAAGAAAACCAAGAGCGUGGAACCAGCCCCUGAUGUUGCCAGUGCUGGGAGGAGAAAAGCCAGAGAGUUCAAUUUUGAGAAGUGGAAUGCCCGAAUUACAGACUUGAGAAAACAAGUUGAAGAGUUAUUUGAAAGAAAAUAUGCUGAAGCUAUUAAUGCAAAAGGCCCCGUGUCUAUACCGUAUCCACUCUUCCAGUCUCAUGUCGAAGACUUGUACGUGGAAGGGCUACCAGAAGGAAUUCCCUUCCGCAGACCCUCCACUUAUGGGAUCCCUCGCCUCGAAAGGAUCCUACUGGCGAAGGAACGAAUACGAUUUGUGAUUAAGAAGCAUGAGCUGCUAAAUUCAACUCGAGAAGAUCUCCCAUUAGACAAACCUGUGGCAGGAGUAAAAGAAGAGUGGUAUGCUCGAAUCACCAAACUACGAAAAAUGGUAGAUCAGUUAUUCUGCCGAAAGUUCGCUGAGGCACUGGGGAGCACUGAACCGAAAGCAGUUCCUUAUCAGAAAUUCGAGGCGCACCCCACUCACCUUUACGUUGAGGGUCUACCAGAGAACAUUCCAUUUCGGAGUCCGUCCUGGUAUGGCAUUCCUCGGUUGGAGAAAAUCCUUCAAGUGGGCAACAGGAUAAAAUUUGUAAUAAAAAAGCCAGAACUGCUAACUAUCACUCCAUCAGAUGUUGCCCAGCCGAGAACAAACAUGCCUGUCAAAGAAGAUUGGAAUGUCAGAAUCACGAAACUGAGGAAGCAAGUAGAAGAGAUAUUUAAUUUGAAAUUUGGACAAGCUUUGGGCCUCAGUGAAGCAGUGAAGGUUCCUUAUCCUGUCUUUGAGUCAAACCCCGAACAACUGUAUGUUGAGGGUUUGCCUGAAGGCAUCCCCUUUCGAAGUCCCACGUGGUUUGGAAUCCCACGCCUGGAAAGGAUUGUCCGAGGAAGUGGAAAAAUAAAAUUUGUGGUGAAAAAGCCAGAACUCGUCACUUCUUACUUGCCUCCUGGGUUGGCUAGUAAGGUGAAUACUUCAGGAUCCCAGAGCCCAGAUAGCGCAAGUCCCGUAAGCAACUCCAAGGUUCCAGAAAUUGAAGUUACUGUAGAUGAAGGUCUUGUUACCAAGCCGCAAACCCCUGAAAUCAGAACUAAUCCUCAAACCAAUGGAUCCAAUGUUGGUUUCAAGCCAAGAGGAAGAGAGUUUUCUUUUGAGGCCUGGAAUGCCAAGAUUACUGACUUGAAGCAAAAAGUUGAAAACCUUUUUAAUGAGAAAUGUGGUGAAGCUCUCGGCCUGACAGAGCCCGUGAAAGUCCCUUUUGCACUCUUUGAAUCUUAUCCCGAAGAUUUCUACGUCGAAGGCCUGCCUGAGGGAGUGCCGUUCCGGCGCCCGUCUACGUUCGGCAUUCCGAGAUUGGAAAAGAUCCUCAGAAACAAAGCUAAGAUAAAAUUUAUCAUUAAAAAGCCGGAAAUGUUCGAGGCAGCAAUUAAAGAAAGCGCCACUGCAAUUCCAAGCCCUCAAAGAAGAACCAGUUCAUCUAAUACUGUGACAAACCCAGUCAGUGUGCCUGACCCGGUGGCGAACACAGCAGCUGGAGUGGAAGAUCUUAACAUCAUUCAAGUGACAAUACCAGAUGACGACGAGAGAACUUCCAAAGUGGAGAAGGCCCGACAGCUGAGAGAGCAAGUGAACGACCUCUUCAGUCGGAAGUUUGGGGAAGCCAUUGGUAUGGGGUACCCGGUGAAAGUCCCAUACCGAAAAAUCACUGUCAACCCUGGCUGCGUGGUGGUGGACGGAAUGCCCCCCGGCGUGUCGUUCAAAGCUCCCAGCUAUCUUGAAAUCAGUUCCAUGAGGAAGAUUUUGGAUUCAGCAGAGUUCAUUAAAUUUACUGUCAUUAGACCAUUCCCUGGACUUGUAAUGAAUAACCAAGCCGCUGAGAAAGCUGAACCGGAAGCACCAGCUGUAGCCGCACCAGCCCUGGAGCCGGCGGUGGAAGAGCCAGUUGAACCAGACCAAAUAGUACAAGUAUCUGUGGAGGAUGAUUCGGUGCAGACUGAAGAAAACACUCCAAUAAAACAGGAACCAGAUCCAACGUGGUAGACAGCCACCUGCUUUAGGUCAAAAGCAUCCAGGAUUGCGAAGAGUUUGCUGGGACGGCUCGGGGCUGUGUAAUAUAACUGUUUAAGAGAAGUACCUUCUAUGCCCCCUUCCCCAUCCCCCCACCCCCCUCACUUCG